AUGCCGACCGUCGUGGACGAGACGUAUUACAAGCUGCUCAAAGUCUCGUCGUCCGCGUCCGGCGACGAAAUUCGGAAAGCGUAUCGCAAGCUCUCGUUGAUUCAUCACCCCGAUCGACAAGCCGCCAAAGUCGAUGACAAAGGGAACCCGAUCCCCGUUGAUCAUAGUCAAUUUCAGGAGAUUCAACAGGCUUACGAAUGCCUUUCGGAUCCGGGUAAGAGGGACGAGUAUGAUCGCUAUGGAAAGAACGGUGGGGGGCGGUCGGGUGGAAUGCCGGAUAUGGAUGAUUUGUUCGCACAUAUGUUCGGUGGUGGUGGUGGGAUGCCUCGAGGUGGUGGAGGAGGAGGACCGAAUGGACAACGGCAGAGGAAGCCCCAGCCUGCUCGUUCGUCCCAAGUCGAACUGGCCGUCUCGAUGGAGGACUGCUACAACGGAGCGCAAAAGACGAUCCAGGUCGAGAGGGUUCGCAAGUGUGUGACCUGUAAAGGGUAUGUUGGCACCCGCUUUCGGCCGCUUGGUUCUGCUCCCGAGGCCACACGUGACUGAUCUCUUCUAUGGGCCUCCACGCCUCUCAGCUCCGGCGCGAGAUCCAAUACCAAACGCCGCCAGUGCGCGACGUGCAAAGGGUCGGGUAUCUCGUACGCGAUGCGUGUCGCCGGUCCAUUCAUGACGAGGCAAGAGAUCGACUGUCCGGACUGUGAUGGCCAAGGCUACAGGAUUCGCGCACAAGAUGCGUAAGUCGCGAACUUUGAAGUGCCGGUUUGAAAUCUCGUUGGGCUGGAUCAACGGUGGGCCCGUAAUUUUCCUUACACGUCUUCUCGACAUCCUUGUUCACAGUUGCAGAAAGUGUCAUGGCAAGAAGACCAUUUUGGAAAAAGUCAGAAAGACGUUCGAUGUCGAGCGAGGCAUGACCCACGGUGACAAGAUCGUACUCAGAGGCGAGGGCGAUGAAUCGGUACGUGAUUGAGCAUCAGCGGGCAAUCGGUCUAAUACCAACUGCGCUAAUUCUUCUCGUUCACUCUGCACCACAGCCCGACUCGUCGGCCCCAGGGAACCUGAUCAUCUUCCUCACCCCUAUCGCUCACCCUACCUUCAAGUUGUCCCCACCGACCUACACGCACGCCCCCCACAAUCUCACGACCAAGCUCUCACUGACCUUGUCCGAAUCGAUCCUCGGAUUCCAUCGUCUCAUCCUCCAACACCUUGACGGACGUGGUCUGGUCGUACACCAACCUGCGCCUGGUGAAAAAGGCUGGCGCGUGCUCAAAUCGGGCGACAAGGUUCUCGUCCAGGGGGAAGGCAUGUGGAAGCAAGGCGAGGUCGGCGACUUGGUGCUCGAGAUCGAAGUUGAGAUGCCCGACGAGGCGUGGGCGAUGAAGAUUCGGGAUGAGAAGAGGGCGUUGGAUGAUUUGGAGAGGUUGUUGCCGAACAAGAGGCAGGAUGUCGAACAUCCUCAGGAUACGAGUGAGGUCAAGUUGGUCGAGUAUGUCGAGGGGACUGGGGUGAGUUUGUUUCCCAUCCUUCUCGUGGUAAGACCAUUUCAUGGACCACUGAUGCUGAGCUUGUGGAAUGCGUGCAGGCUGGGUCCACUGGGGGGAACCGUCGUGCGACCGAGUCGGACGAAGACGAGGACUCGGACUCGGACGAAUUCGGACCCUCGUGCCACCAACAAUAA